GCUUUUCGAAAUUUCGCCCAGUUUUUGCGAGAACUCCUCGUCUCACUUUUGGUUUCGUUCAAGUUGCCUCCAAAGCAAGACGAUGAUGACACGGCCCACCAAUCUCUGUACCGCUCUGGUCCUUCUGAGCCUCUUGGGUGCUAUUACUGAAUCCCGAAAAGUGCCGCUCGGACGACAACGGCGUUUCGACCAACAAGGCACGUUGCAAGAAGAUGAAGAAUUCUGGAACCGAUGGUUGCAACGGGAAACCAGUCUCGAUGUCGAUGUGGCAUAUGCCAGUACCAAUACUCCGACCGCAACACCCCCAACAACACUCACAUCCAGUCCUACAGUAACACCCAGUCCUACACCCAAACCAACGCACCCUCCAAUAUCCGAUACGACCAUUGUCGACAUGAUCCAAUCGACAUCGCGAUUCGACGGCCUCGAAUUUGAAGAUCCCGAAUCGUACCAGAGUCGCGCACUCGACUGGGUCGUCACCAAUACACCCAGUGAUCCAACAGCCGCUGGUUUCCCAUUGUCACCCCAAAAAAUUCUACAACGGUAUGCGCUCGCCUGCCUUUACUACUCGACGUUUGCCGCACCCAAUUCCAUUACUGGAUUGAGUGGCGACGUCCGAGGAUGGAUUGAUGCCACGGGGUGGUUGGUAUUCCCGGAUGAAUGCUCUUGGUAUCAAGUCGCCUGCAAUGACUUUGGAUACGUGACCAAGAUUGAACUGUAUUCCAAUCGACUCACGGGAAGUCUCCCCUACGAAUUGGCGCUCCUCCAAGAUUGGUUGACUACCUUGGAUGUGUACCAAAACAUUCUCGAAAAUAGUGGAGCGGAAGGACAUGCCUGGUUGGGAGAAUUGCACAAUCUACAGUAUCUCUUUUAUGGAAGAACCUUUUUUCAAAAUGAUAAUGGCAUUCCCUCUGUCAUUGGAACAUUGACACGGUUAAAAGAGUACGAUUGUUCCUACGUACUCUACGAUGGUCCUCUGGAUGGAUCUACCUUUGUCAAUUUGACCAAUCUCGAGUACAUGGAUCUAUCGGGCAAUCGUUACAAUAGUGGUAUUCCGUCGCAGCUGGCAUCCUUGCCGCAACUGCAAUUUUUAUACGGCGUUCACGCCGACUUGACGGGAUCAUUGGAUUUUGUUCUGGACAUGCCCGCCAUUAUCGAACUGUGGGUCGACAACAAUCCCAUAAUGACGGGAACCAUUCCAUCGUCCAUCGAACAAGUAUCCACACUUGUUUCGCUGGGCAUUUCCAAUUGCAGUUUGACUGGAACACUGCCGCCGUUCUUGGGGGACGAGUUUGUUCAAUUCUUUGCUCAUGACAAUGCAUUGACGGGGACCAUUCCAGCGGAAUGGGGUGCCCUGGAGGAUGUGAAACGCAUCGAGUUACAUGACAAUCUAUUGGUCGGAACCAUGCCGGACGAAGUUUGUGACUUGAGAGAGGCCUUUCGACUGGUACGCCUGACGACGGAUUGUCAACGGCAAGUUGGGACAGUCGCCUGUGACUGCUGCACGUGCUGUGGGCCCAGUUGUUCCUUUCUCCAAAACACGGAUGCCACAGCGGAAGUAUCAUGGCCGUGA